AUGACUCAGCCGCCUCCCGAAGUUGUAGAGCGCAUCCGACACAAGAAGGCGCAGUACACACGCCUGGCCGACACCAAGCAGUGGGACAAAUUCGACACCAUCUUUGUCGACAACGCAACGUUCCACUUCGUCGACAUCGACGGCAAGGCCAUUUUUCCCCCGGACGCCGCGGCCGGGGCCGACAGCCCGCACACCUGGGUCUCACGCGACGCGUGGGCCGCCUUCUUCGACAAGGGGCUCGCCGAUUUCCAGGUCAUCCACCAGGUGGGGCCCGGCGAGUUCGACAUGGUCCAGGAGGACGAGGUCCGCGCCGUGUUCUCGGUGCUGUACCACUCCGGUCCCAAGGGGUACGGGGCCGGGGACAAGCACGAGACAGGCGGCGGACAUUACCGCGAGAAGUGGGUGCGCAAGGAGGGGGAUUGGUUCUGUACGGAUUUGUGGAUGCAGAGGCUUUAUCAUAGAGUUACGUAG